AUGGCCAAUUCGCUCGUGGCUCUAGAAAGUCUAUGGGUUUGCAAAUGUGAAGCGUUGGUAGAAAUCGUUGGAAUAGAAGAAGGCACCUUAGAUGUUGAAAUGGACACGGAAGGAAUGGCAAGUAGUAGAAUCGUGUUCCCUAAAUUGAGCAGUCUAGAACUUUUCUCUCUCGGUAGGUUCAGAAUGUUUUGCUCUCAAAACUAUGAACUCGUGUUCCCUUCACUACAUAAAUUGGUCAUUGAAGAUUGCCCCGCGAUGUCAAGAUUGUGUUCAGGACAGCUAAAUGCACCAAAGCUCAAAUAUACUGUGAACAAUUUGUUUGCUGAUGCAGAUGCAGAAGAUGAGGAAUGA